AUGUUAGAAGGGACCACCACUGUGUACCAGGCAACCUGGAGUGUCCUAGAGCUGACUACACCAAGCUACAACUCCUCCUGGGGCGGCGAGGAUCAGAGCGUCAACAGCGUAGGGACGAGCACAUGGGGUGCCAGGAGGCUGUUGCCGGUGAUCUCACUGGGGCUGUUCGCUGUGGUCGGUCUCCCUAGCAACGUUGCUGUGAUCAUUGACAUUGUGCGUAAAAUUAUGGGCCAGAGUGCCAGCUUCACCCUGAAACUCAUGCUGACUCUGGCUGUGUGUGACCUGUUGUCCCUCCUCACCAUACCUGUGUGGAUGUAUGUGCUGCUUCACAGCUGGUCUAUGGGAGAGUUGGCCUGUAAGGUGUUCACGUACCUGGUGUACUGGACCCUCUACGCCAGUGUGCUGACCAUGACGUCCAUGAGUGUGCAUCACUACAGCAUUAUGAGGACCAGGAGUCCCAACCCAAAGCUACUGGAGAGACUUCACAUGCGGCGUCAACGUGUCUGGCUCGUGGGUCUUUGGGUCCUCGCGGCUCUCCUUGCCCUCCCCGUCAUGCCAACUCGAUCCGUUGUGGACAAAAACGGGAUGCUGAGAUGCCAGAGGGUUGUAGCUAGCGAUUGGCAGAAAGUAGCUGGUCUUCUGUAUGAGGUGUUGUUCGGCUUUGCUAUUCCCUUCUGUGUUCUGCUCUGUUCUUACUGGUGUCUGCAUAAGAAAGUACCCAAGGCCAAUGUGAAGAGCAAGCGGAAGGUGACCAGAUUGGUGGUGAGCAUUGUGGUGGUGUUUUUUGUCUGCUGGACCCCGACACAGGUCAUAAACAUUGUAGACAUGGUCACCACGUUUACUAGAAUGUCUGACCCCGACAAGUACAAGCAGAUCAAGACUGUGCGGAGGGUUGUAGGAGACUUUGCCAAGACCCUGUCUUUCCUGAACUGCUGUCUGGAUCCUUUCAUCUAUGCCUUUGCCUCCAAGUCCUUCUUAAGCAGAUGUCUGUGUAAAGCCAGGGAGGAGAGUUCCCACAUCACCAAGCAGCUCACCGAAGACAGCAGCAGAGACGUUACUGUACAAAUCAGCCAGGAGUCACACUUCUGA